AUGAAUAACGAAACACUGUUAGAAAGCUUCAUUGACUCCAUUAUCGAAGGGGAUAUAUCUAAUACCAAAGAGAUUGAAUCUCCUGAAGAUCAAGAAGAAGAGAAACAAGAAGAAGAAGAAGAAAAAGAAGAAGAAGAAGAAGAAAAAGAAGAAGAAGAAGAAGAAAAAGAAGAAGAAGAAGAAGAAGAAGAAGAAGAAGAAGAAGAAGAAGAAGAAGAAGAAGAAGAAGAAGAAGAAGAAGAAGAAGAAGAAGAAGAAAAAAAAAAUGAUGAUGAUAAUGACGAAGCAGAACAACUAAAAUGUUGGAUUUGCCUAUGUGGUGAUGAUGAACCCCCACCAAUGGGAACUUUAGCAGAUGCCAAAGAUUUUGUGAAAGUUUGUUCAUGUUCUUUGAAAGCUCACAGACGAUGUUUAAUGGAUUGGAUCUCAGAAUCUGACGUCAAGUUUCUCAAAUACAACCAAUUGCCUGAAACUAAUAAUAAUAAUGACGAUAAUGCCGGCAAUGAUGCAGGGAUAAUAGAGCUGCUAGUCCGCAAUAUUGUGAACUUGAGAAGAUCCUUUAUCUUUAAUACCGGAGGGUAUAGAAACUCUUUAACUUUUGAUCUCAAGUGUCCUCAAUGCCAGAAUUCCAUAUUUGCCUCGAUUCCUUCAAAUCCGAUGGUUAAUACAGUAUCAAUUACAAAAGGCAUAUUAUCGACCAUGGGGAAGUAUGGUCUUUUCACUACUGGCGUAGUGUCGGCAGUUGCUGGUGUGGCUUUUCUGGGUGGUUUGUUUUUGUCAAAGAUAAGCAUGGAUAUGAUUAGGUGCGUCGUACCUACAAGUUUACAAUCAAGACUUUUUGGUAUUGAUUACAAUGGAUCUUUGGACGCUGCAUUCGAUAGAAACCUCUUAAAACCAAGUACCAUGAUGUUGAUUCCAUUACUACCUGUUUAUAUUAGAAGUCUUAGAUCAACACCUGGCAGCUCAGCAAUCUCUGAUACUUUGGUGAAUAUUUUCCCUUUCUUAUUUUACGUUGAUUCACCCUCAAUGUCACUCAACUUAAGAGACCCGCGUUUAUGGGUAGUUGCUGCUUCUUCACUCCGGGUUGUUUACAACUGGGUGUUUAGGUUCACCAUAAACAGGGUCUAUUACAGAUGGGUUAGAUCAUUAAGGCCAUGCUUCAUAGCUGAUAAGAUUUCUAUCGACGAGCUAAGGCAAAUUGAAAGCGACAAUCAAGAAAUGUUAAAAUUGGAGUUGGAAGAAGAAGAACAAAUACAAUUGGCAGAAACUAAAAUCAGUGACACAUCAUUAGAGAUUCCAGAAUCUUUUAUCCAAAAGAUUAAGAGAUUUUUCGCAAGCUGGUUCACAAGAAAGCCAGAAAGUAAAAUCAUGACCCGAAAUAAAAUCGCCAAAGGAAAGCUUAGAGAGCGUCAAAGGGCAAGAGAAAAUAAAGCUGUUCUGAAUAAUGACUAUAGCGGUUUGUUCAAACAAAAGUAUUUCUUUCUUUCAAUGCUUACUACUUAUUGGUGGCCAAUUGGCGGAAGAAUGAUUUCUGAUCAUUUAUUAUUAAAAAUACCAUUUCUCCGCAAUUUAGGGACUUCUCCGGAUCAUCUGGAUUUCAUAAGACAUUUAAUUGGAUGUGUUGCGAUGAUUUUUGUCAAAGAUUUGGCAAAUUUGUUUUUGACUUGGUUGAAAAUCCGCGACUUACGGAAGCUCAAGAUUGUUGAACAUAUGUCAGAUGAGUGGAAGCUAGCAAUGGUGUAUAAACUUCAGCAGAUGAUUGGGGCAAAACAAGAGUUUUAUGAUGACAUUGAGAGAAUUAUAGAUGAGGAGAAUUAA